AUGGAUCGCCGGUACAGCAUGCAGCCAAUCAUUCGCAAGGAUAGUAAAGAGGAAGAGGAGAAGAAAGUAUCGCCAUAUGAGACGAACCGCCGGGGUAGUGUGGCCGUCACUAACUUUGGUAAAACUCGCAGUUGGGUAAAGAGAUCGAAUCUGGCUCCAGAACAUGCAAGGCCUUACCCGGAAACCAGAAGUUCUUGGGACGAGAGCAUGCGCAGAAGGGAUUCAGACCAAGGCUUACGAGGUAUAGUUCUGAGGAAAGGGUUUUCGGACGAUUCAAAAAAUUAUUCCUUGUUUCAUACUGAAAGUCGACGAGCUUCAAAAGUAGAGCCAUCUUUCUUCUACUCAGGAAAACAAUUAUGUAAAUGGGAGACGGUGAAUCUGAUUGGGAUUAAGGAGAAAUCUACAGCUGAAGAAGCUAUUGCUGCAGUAGCCGGGAAAAGACGGAGGCAAACGAAGUUAAAAGUCAAGAUCCCUUCUCGAGAGGAUAGUGGCAUUGAAGUUGCAUCAGCAAGUACUACGUCUUCAGCUCUGUCGUCCAAGUUUUCUCACGGCUACUUGGAUAAUGUUUCAGAAUCCGAAGAACGACACGACUACUACACGACUUUGGAGCUAGAAGUGCCCUGUGGUUCUCCAGGGAAUCUGGAAUCUCCCACGUUAUCCAGAUUUGGUGGUCAGCAUCGUUCCAACGUCAGGCCUCCUUCUCGAGACUUUGACUCCAGUGAAAGGUUCUCACAGCCCGCUGACAGAUAUCCAUUAGAAGACUCUUGGAGUGAAGAAUCUACAAAUCAGGAUAUGACCACAGGUGGACAGACGAGAGACAGUGUUCCUCCUUAUGUCCGGAGAGAUGGCCCCGAUGAACGUCGACCAUCAAUCAUCCCAACUUUGAACAUCACCAGAGAACAAAGCAACUUCGAGAAAUUUCUAAACAUCAUCAGUACCAACAAGGACAUUCCGGAGUUUGGUCCCAUCGGGGAAAGCUCCAUCUCUCGUACAAAAUCUUGUGAAAUGAUUCGAAAAGACCAAGAUGACGACAUGAGUAUCUGGGAACGUCGGAACAGAAAAGCCGGAGAUUUUAGUCCAGGAACUCGACCUAUUGUCUUAAAUAUCGAGGCCAUUGAUGACUCCAUGUGCUGGUCUAAAUCUGGAUGCAGUACCCUUGUCUCGGCAUGGGGCCGGAGUGAAACUUACAUCUGUAAGGAUGAUCUGCAUCUGAGUCUGCGCAAACUUUCUAUAGCUUCCGGUGGAGAUCCCAGAUGUGCGGGACUUUGCGCCAAUGAUGGGAAUCGUUUAGGAAGCGGCGGAGACGGGGGUGGGAGAAGUGGAUCCAAACUUAGGAAGCCGACAAACUUAUGGGGGGUCACUAGAAGGAUUUCUGUCAAGCGAAAGAAAGUUACAAAGGAAGAGAAGAAGGAGGAGGCGCCAACAGAGCAGAACGAGGAACCGCCAAGGUAA